AUGGUUACUGUCAGAUGCGUUCUAACCAUUGCUAUUAAUAAUGGUUGGGAUGUUCAUCAACUUGAUGUAAAUAACGCUUUUCUAUAUGGUAAUUUAAAUGAAGAAGUCUAUAUGACCCUUCCCGAUGGUUAUAAUCCCAGCCAUAUUAAUAAAGUUUGUAAGCUUAAAAAGUCUCUCUAUGGUCUUAAACAAGCUCUUCGAAUGUGGAAUGAGAAGCUUGUUGAUGUUUUACUUGAUCUUGGGUUUGAACAAAGUAAAUGUAACCACUCCAUGUUUGUCAAAACCAGUAAAUCUGUGUUUAUUCUUUUACUUGUAUAUGUGGAUGAUAUAGUCAUAACUGGAAAUUGUUCUAUUGAGAUUUCUAAAAUUAAAGCUCUUCUUAAAUCUAAAUUUCUUAUUAAGGAUCUGGGAAUUCUAAAAUACUUCCUUGGAAUUGAGGUUUUAAAAACUGAUGGUUUAUGUUUAUCUCAAAGGAAAUAUUGUCUUGACUUACUUGCUGAAUUUGGCCUGACUGGAUGUAAACCUGUUAACAGUCCAAUUGAACCUAAUCAUAUUUUAACACACUUGUGUGAAAAAGAUAAUACACCUUUACCUGAUGUCUCUGUUUAUCAAAAAUUAGUGGGAAAACUAAUAUAUCUUUCACAUACUAGACCUGAUAUUGUUUAUUCGGUCCAGUAUCUAAGUCAAUAUAUGCACAAUCCCACUAAUGCUCAUUUCAAAAUAGCUUUAAGACUUUUAAGGUAUCUUAAGGGUUCUCCUGGAAAAGGUAUAUUGCUCAACAAAGGGGAUUCCUUAGAUCUUAAAGCCUUUGCUGAUUCUGACUGGGGCAAAUGCGUAAACUCUAGGAAAUCUAUAACUGGUUUCUGUGUCUUCUUAGGGAACUCUCUUGUCUCAUGGAAAAGCAAAAAACAGUCUACCAUUUUUAGAUCUUCUGCUGAGGCAGAAUAUCGUGCUAUGUGUGCUGCGACAUGUGAAAUCAUUUGGCUUAUCAAAAUUUUAAAAGAACUUAAAAUUGAUAUUAAGCUUCCUGUUUCUCUUUUUUGUGACAAGACAUCAGCUAUUUCGAUAACUGCUAACCCUGUUUUCCACGAUCGAACAAAACACUUUGAAAUUGAUCUCUGCUUCUUACGAGAAAAAAUUUCAAAAGGGUUUAUUAAGACCGUUGGCAUCUCGUCUGAAGAUCAAACUGCAGAUGGAUUUACAAAAGGGCUGCAUAUUCAAGCUCAUGAUAAGGUUUGUGAAAAACUUGGCUUAUUUAACUGUUUUGCAUAUUGA